CGGUGAAGCAGCUCUCCAAAAUUAAAAAAUUUUCUCUACCAGUUGUUUGGAUUCCGAGAAAAUGUCGGGAAGAGGAAAGGGAGGAAAGGGAUUGGGAAAGGGAGGAGCGAAGAGGCACAGGAAGGUCCUGAGAGAUAACAUCCAAGGAAUCACGAAGCCCGCGAUCCGGCGGCUGGCUCGUAGAGGAGGAGUGAAGCGUAUCAGCGGUCUGAUCUACGAAGAGACCAGAGGAGUGCUCAAGAUCUUCCUUGAGAAUGUUAUCAGAGACGCCGUCACGUACACGGAGCACGCAAGGAGAAAGACAGUAACCGCCAUGGAUGUCGUCUAUGCUUUGAAGAGACAAGGAAGAACUCUCUACGGUUUCGGUGGUUAGAUCUGCUUCGUUAACGUUGUUGUUAUCUGUGUUUGGUCCUUAUCUGUAGAUCUGGUUAGGUUGUGCGUACGAACUCCUUUGUAUUCCAUUGUUUUGGAUCUUAAUUCGAUAGGGAUUUGGUUCCAGUUACAAUC